UUAUUGCACAUUCUUCUGAAGGUACAGGGAACCUCAUUGGUAACAGGUUCCUCAGAAUCUUGGGUGUUCCAUAGAGGCCUUGAAACUCGUCAGAUAGAGGCUGAUUAAAAAACGUACAUUAAGACAGAAUUUAAAAACCAUAGAUUGACUAAUAGCGAUCCAAAGACCAGUAUACAUCUAACCACCUUUUUGUUUAUUUUAAAAUGUGUUUCCUUCAUGGUCUUUUUUGUGGCUCGCCCUAUGCAGUUUGUGUACUUGUUGAGAGCUUUAUCUGUCUUUGACACUGUUUUUGCUGAACUCGGUUUUUCCGAGACCCUUUCUCCUCAGAGGCUCAGUUUCACCUUGCCAUCUGCAGUCGACCAGUUUCUGUGGCAGAAGAGGCCACAUCUACUUCCUGUAGGCCGCCUGGGCAGAAGCAUGCAGUGGUGUCUCCUCCUGAUCUGGGCCCAGGGGCUGCGGCAGGCUCCCCUCCCAGCCUCAGGAGCUGUGACAGGAAGAAUAGUCACAAUGGGCAACAUUUCUGCAGAGGAAGGUGGCUCUGUCACCUUACAGUGUCAGCUCUCCUCCACCACUGCCAAGGUGACUCAGGUCAACUGGGAGCAUCAGCACCGAGUGCUGGCCGUUCAUCACGCCAACUUGGGGUGGCACAUCUACCCAGCCUUCCAGGAGCGAGUGGCCCCAGGUCCAGACCUGGGCCUCACCCUCCAGUCGCUGACCGUGAAUGACACAGGGAGCUACUUCUGCAUCUAUCACACCUACCCCGACGGGAUCUACAAAGGGAUGGUCUUUCUGGAGGUCCUUCAAGUUGCUGAGCACAGCUCUGGGUUCCGGAUCCCAUGGCUUGGAGCCAUGGUCACAGUGCUGGUAGUCGUCUGCACAGUGGUCAUCAUUGUGGUCACACUGGCCAGAAAGAAAUCUCUCAGAAUCCAUUCCAUGGAAAGUGGCCUCGGGAGAAUGGCAUCUGAACAGGAGGAAUGGUGCCCGGGCUUGCCGCCGCCCCCUGCAAGCGAUGUCCAGGAGGAAGAUGUGCCUGCCGGCCUCUGCGGAGAGCAGACGGAUGAUGACUACGCUGAGCCCCACGACUACUUCAACGUCCUGAGCUACAGAAGCCUCGGGAGCUUCAGCUUCCCAGCACAGACCGGCACGGGAACUGAGAGAGAAUGCGAGGCAAGGCUGUCGUUUGCCAACAGUUAAAAUAAAGCACCGCCCUGCUGCCCACGGACAAACCAGGCAGAUUGAGCCAGAAGACAGCACAGCUCCUCCUCCUCCUCGGAUUUUGGUUUUUAUUUUUCUCACUUCUCUACCAAGCAGGUAGGUAGUUAGGAGCAAUGAGCUAAAAUCUGUCCAGAGAGCCAAAUCCUUUGGAAAAAAGUUAGAUAGAUAACAACAUAAAUGCUGUUAUUUUCCAGGGCAAUUCACAGCAUUUUUCUUGCAAAACUGGUGCAAAGUGGUUGGGCGUAGAACACAAUCCAUGAAUUGGAAAUGAACUAAAAUGUAAUGACAGAAAGGGAGUGAUGAGUUGGUUUGGAGGAGAUGUGUAAUGGGCCAGGGCUGGGAGGAGAGCUGGGUGUUUUUUAACAUGAUUAUGGCAACAGUGAAACAUUUACAAACACCAUUUGGAUGGUGAUAAAAUACAGAAGGACCCAUGGAUGUUGUAAAUGGGUCAGUUCACUAAAAUGAGAUAGAAUUAGAAAAUACAUUUUAAGGUGGAAUUCAUUGAACUAGUGGAAUUUAAAGUGGACUUCCUUGGAGAACCAGACAAGAUAAUCCAGUAACAUCCAGAAUCCUGGAGACAUGCACUGUCCAGAAUGGUAGCCACCCUCCACAUGUAGCUACAAGCAGAUGAGAUGUGGUUAGCGCUGUAAACGUAACUGAGGUGUGCUGUGCUGUAAAUGUAAAGUGCAUACCAGAUUUUGAAGAUGUAAUGUGAAUGAUAAGAAUAUAAACUAUCAUACUGGUAAUUAAAAAAUAUUGACUACUUGUUGAAAUGAUAGUAUUUUGGAUAUACUGAGUUAAAAUAUAUUAUUAAAAUAAUUUCACCUGUCUCUUUUUAUUUUCUUAAUGUCGCUACUGGAAAACCUGAAAUUGCAUAUGAGGCUCCCAUGGUAGUCUCAUCGGACUGUGCAGCUCUAGGCUCUAAAUUUGAGCCAAGCUGGUACCUGGGGAGGAGGAUGUGUACCUCUGACUGGUGGUCUUUUGUCUCUUUCUCAUUUGAAACAGGGUUUGAGGAAACUUUUCUCUCUUAUUAUGUUUUUUUUUUUUUGAACAUUAUAUAGGGAAGGGUCACAGGGGAGAUUGAGGUAGGGGACCAGUAAGUGCAGACCAGAAGGAGUCCUAAGCUCUCUUAGAUCCUCUCUUGGAUUCCAUGAUAGGAAGGGGAGAGAAUACACGAAUCAAUGAGAGUUUGGGGAGGAAUAUAUCUAGGGAUUCCCUACCCCUUAUCACUCAUAUUACAAGCCUGGGCUUGUACAGUCUGAUCUAUAAUCUCAAGAAUCAUCCUGAUCAAAUAUGAGAAAUUUUGAGCCAUGGAGCUUUGAGGUAGCUGAUCUUUGUGAGUGGGCAGGACCUUCCCAUGCAAUUUUAUUUCAUGACUUGUCUCUGAAUCAUCAUACACUCAGGUUCAUGCAGACUUUGACAGUGUUGGCUGGGCAGGCAGGGUGACUGUGCAUGCUGUGCAGGAAUGGCAGCAUCCUGGUGGGCACCCUGCACUCACAAAGGGGAGGGAAGCAGCAGCGCACUGUGGCUGCCAGUUGUCGGGAGUGAGUUUUUGUUCUGACUUCUGGUUCUUCUCAGCCUGCUCCAUCGCCGUGACCAGUAACGCCCCCAUCUUUUCCAAAGCACACUGCCAAGAGGCCCUGGGGAUCCUCACGUGUGCAAGAGCCUGAGUCUCUUGGAAAUCAAAAUUAUGUGCUUUAAUGUCUGAUAGGAUUUUUGUUUGUAUAAGGUAGGGUCUAAGAUAAUACUACCCAACAGAACUCCCUGCAAUGAUGGAAAUGUUCUGUGUCUGUACCAUUCAAUAUGGCAGCCACGAGAUAUAGGUAGCUACUGAGUACUUGAUUUGUGGCUAAUGUGACUAAGGAACUGAAUUUUUACUUUUUAUUUAAUUUUAAUAAACUUUAAAUGUAAAUGGUGGCAUGUGACUGGUGUCUAAUAUAUUAAAUGUCAUGAUUCUAGUAAUUGCCUUACAUAUGGAGAAAACACAGAGGAAGUGUGUUUAUAAGCCCUGGGAUGGGUCUACAGCUGCUCCGCAUUUGAAGGGCUGUCACCAAGAAGAAACGUGGGGGGCCUCUUCUAUUCUGUGUCCUUCAUUCGAGCAAGACAAAGCAUGAGGCCAAAGCAGGCUGUGCAUUUCUUUUUUCAGACUCCACCCAGAAGGUAUCUGAGGCAGCUAGGUGGUCCAGUUCACAUGAACAGGGCCAGGACUGUCAAGGAGUUUCCAACACAUUGGUGUUAUGCAGGAAUAGACUUGCAUCGUUGGACUGCAGUCACUCUGACUUCAUGUCAGAAUGUCGUGAAUACCUUCUCUGGUGCCAAAAGUCUGAUUUUACAAAGGAGAAGUAUCUGAUGUGCCGUGGACGGGGAGUCAGGAUACUUGGUCCAAGCACUGAGCGCAGCUGUUCAGCUUCAUGUCAUGGAAAAGCUGCUUAAUUGCCCGAUCCUCAUUACAAAUGUUUCCUCAUUUGUAAAAUGGGAAUUGUAAUAUCUACACAUUCAGGUUUGGGGAAGAUGAAGUAAGGUAAUGUUGCUGAGUCUUUGUAAGCUGUGAAAUGCUGAUUAAUGUUAUUAAUAUUAUUAUGCCUGGAGCUGCUUAUGAUGCCACAGAGGUCCCCAAGGGGACAUCAAAACUUGUUGGGAAGCAAACAAGGUAUCUGGGAUUAUCAAAUUUUUAAAAACUGGGAUUUAAAGAAUGCUAACAGUGACAGAUAUAUCUUUGGGGUCUGCAAGUUCUCUGUAUUUACAAAUUUUGUGUUUUAAGUGAGAUGAUAAUCUUUAAAAAGGUCAAGCAUGUCUUGGGUUUUGAUGACCUUUUUAUAACAGGGUCCAGUCAUUGUCUUCAGUCUCCAUAUUUGUGUUUAUAAUUAAGCUGAUUUCAAAAGACAUGGAGGCCUAAUUCAGCAGUGAUUCAUUGCCUUUGGAGAGUGAAACAGUGGAGGAUUUUGCAGUAGCUGAAAUACUAGGGAAGUGGUGGGAGCAUUGCCUUCCCUUUCCGCACGUGGCCCAGGGGUUCUGCACAGCGAAGGACACGUGCUGAGGCAGGCGGUGCUCCUCUUUGUGAGCAGUGACUUAGGUAAAGCAAAGCAUCCUUCAAUAUACUAAACUGACAUAGUUAUUUUAAAUUGUUAAUUUCAUAAUCAUACUUUCAUUGAUUUU